AUGAACGUCACAACAUGUAUAGUGAGUGCAAAGGUCCCGCGAACAGAUUGUACGGCCGGAACAGAAAAAGCAUAUCACACCGAAUCCAUUGCGAAAUGGGCAUUGAACGCCGGCAAAUCUAUUGGUCUCGUGACAACCACACGAGUAUUAAAUGCGUACUGUAAUGAUCAAUUAGUUGAUGAUAUCGCAGAGCAAUUGGUUCAUGGUGAAAUUCCAGCUUUAAAGGAAAUGGCUAUGAAAGCCAUCGAAAUUUUACAAACAAAUCCAAAUGGUUUCUUUUUAUUUGUUGAAGGCGGUAGAAUUGAUCAUGGAUUGCAUGAUAGUACAGCACAUAUAGCAUUUGAAGAAACGGCCGAAUUCUCAAGAGCCAUAAAAUUGGCAACCAAAAUGCUUAGCACCGAUGCAAUUACUGCCGGUGAUCAAUUCAAAUAA